AAGAAGCUGUACCGGCCCUUCCAGUCCGAGCUGUUCGCCAAGCGCGCUUACCGCGAGCUGCGUCUGCUCAAGCACAUGCGCCACGAGAAUGUGAUUGGGUUGCUGGAUGUCUUCACGCCCGAUGAGACCCUGGAUGCUUUCACAGACUUGUAAGCGCCGGCCUGGGGCAGGCUCGGCAGGGCAGGCGGUGUUGGGUGGCCCCUGGGUGUGAGCCUCAGGUUUGGGGUUGGCAGGGGCACUGCCUGAGGCGGGCCUCUCCUUGCAGCUUGAUGGGGGUUAGGGUGCACACUGCCUGCCCCUUAGCACACCACAGUCCUCCCCCUGCCACGUACCCCAAGGACUCACGGGGCUGGUCCAGCUGGGUGGACCUGGGCCUGCUCCUCUAGUGCGGAGCCUUGGGUCUGAGUGUUUGUUAGCAGGCCCCGCACUCCGGGUCCGUGGCACUAAGUGUGUGGCCUGUAACUGGAGCUGCUGACCUUUGCUGGCAGGCAGGGGAGGGGUGACGGGGACCCAUGGUGGUCCUGCCCUGCCAGCCUGCCCUGUGGUUGCCCAGGCGGCCACCCCUGGACUCACGCUGGUGUCGGCCAAGGGCCUGGGAAGGGCUGGGGAGGACAGGCUCCUUGCUGCUUGACCUUGCAGGGAUCAAGGGCCCACCCUGGCCUAUCCUGGUGGGGUGCUGACUCUCUCCCUCUGUCUCUCCCCCUGUCUCUCCCCAUCCACCUGCCCAGCCUGCCCUUCUGACCCAGAUGUCCGGCUGCCCCACCGCCACCCGCAGCCACUUCCCUCCUUUCUUCCUCUCCCACCGUCCCCUGCAGGGAGCCCCGGCCCCUAGCAUGGCCUGCCAUCCUUGGGGAAUCCUCAGAGCACAGUCCCCAUCUGCCCUACAUCAUGGGGCUGCUGGGGUGGAAGGAGACUGUGGGAGGUGGACUCGGGUUGCCUCGGGGAUGCCUGCCCUGUCCCCGCAGUUACCUGGUGAUGCCAUUCAUGGGUACCGACCUGGGCAAGCUCAUGAAGCACGAGAAGCUGAGCGAGGACCGGAUCCAGUUCCUUGUCUACCAGAUGCUGAAGGGGCUGAAGUACAUCCACGAUGCUGGCAUCAUCCACAGGGACCUGAAGCCUGGCAACCUGGCAGUGAAUGAGGACUGUGAGCUGAAGAUUCUGGACUUCGGCUUGGCCAGGCAGGCAGACAGCGAGAUGACUGGAUAUGUGGUGACCCGGUGGUACAGGGCACCCGAGGUCAUCUUGAAUUGGAUGCACUACACACAGACGGGUGAGAAGCUGCCCAGAGCCCCAGCCUACACUGGCACCAGCCUCCUGGGCUGCGCCCACCGGCCUCCCUCUUUCUUCCUGGGAAGCCCAUGGUGGCUGCUCUGUGGGGAGGCUGCUGAGCUGGGCUGGGAGCUGGGCAGGGCGUGGCAGGCUAGAUGGCUCCUGUUGUCCAUGCCCCCUCCACUGCCCCCACUCCUGUGCCUAUCUCCCCCACCCCAGUCCAUGUGUGCCCCACUCCCUAGUCCCCAUAGCCCUGAUGCAGGGGCUUCUGUCUCAGUGGACAUCUGGUCAGUGGGCUGCAUCAUGGCAGAGAUGAUCACAGGGAAGACACUCUUCAAAGGCAACGAUCACCUGGACCAGCUGAAGGAGAUCAUGAAGGUGACGGGGACGCCCCCUGCUGAGUUUGUGCAGAGGCUGCAGAGCGAUGAGGCUAAGAAUUAUAUGAAGGGCCUCCCUGAGCUGGAGAAGAAGGAUUUUGCCUCCAUCCUGACCAAUGCGAGCCCUCUGGCCGUGAACCUCCUGGAGAAAAUGCUGGUGCUAGAUGCAGAGCGGAGGGUGACGGCAGCCGAGGCGCUGGCCCACCCCUACUUUGAGGCCCUGCAGGACACGGAGGACGAGCCCAAGGCCCAGAAGUACGAUGAGUCCUUUGAUGACGUGGACCGCACACUGGAUGAGUGGAAGCGUUGCCCCCUGACAUGGACAGCUGCACACCCCUCAUCCUGCCAGCAGGAUGAGGUCUGCCCCAGGCAGCCCAUAGAACCUCAUGCUUUCUUGCUACUCAUCCCUGACCCCUCCAGCCCCACUGGGUGUUCAGACCCCCUUCCAUUUGUGCUCUGCACCUCCCGGCUUCGCACUGGCCAUCCCCUUAGACCCAGACCCUUCUCCUCCCGUCUGAGGGCUGCCAGCAUCUGCUCGGCCUCUGGCUGGGCUCAGGGACACCUGGCCAGUCCCAGGCCUCCUUCUACUGGGGUCCUGACACACCAUGCUGGAAUGGGCCUCACCCAUGUCUACUCCAGGACAGCAGGUGUCUCCCCUCAGUGGCUGCAGGGCCUGCCUGGGAGUGCAGGGAUGCCUAAGGGCAGUGCUUAACACCAUUGACGCUAUAGCACAUGGCUGCCAUUGUCCUAGUCUCAUCCUUGCUCUGCCUCAGACCCAGGGUCAUGGUCCUGCAUAUGGGGGUAGGGAUGGGGCUGGAAAGACUGUGGUUCUCAAACCAUGUUCCUCAGGGUCAUUGGAUUCUUGGUGCCUCCAGCAGGGCCUCCGCCUUUAUCUGUGCUGUGUUUUGUGUUUAUGUUUUCCGUUGCUAAAAAAGAUAACGUGAAAACCACGGGCCACAGGAUCUUCUCUGCGGUUCCCACCACAGACCGUAGUAAGAGCUUUUGCUUUUACUACAGACCAUGUAGGACCAAAAAAGGAAACAUGACCUCCUUGUGGCUGAGCCCCUGAUCAGAAAUGCAAACCCAUUACCUCAUUUCCCUGGGAAAAGCCAGCUUUAUAGCAAUGGCCCCCUCACACAAACCUUCCGUGUGGACUGGCCCCUGUGUGAGGAUUAGACGAAGGGCCUGGGAGGCACCCCAUGGGGUGGGAAUAGACCUGUGUCAACAUGCUGGGCAAACCACACAGACCACCGGCUCGGAAGGCAGAGUCCUUCCUGCAUUGGGCCUGUGGGGACCAGUGGUCCCCAGAACAGGUGCUCCCCUGGUCAGGUGAGUGUGGGAGCAUUGGGGUAGGCUGAGCGGAACUGUCCCUUUGCAGACCACUCAGAGGGGAGACAGAGCCUGCAGGCUCCCCACCCUUCCUGUGGGACGGCUCACUCUGGGAACACAGUUCAGGGAACAUGACCGCAGGCGAGGAAGGUGGAUGUUGCAGGUAGUUGGUGGGAAUUCCUCACUCAUUUGAGCCUUCAUAGAAAUUCUGGAUCCGGAAGCUGGGGUGUGCCCUGGUGGGACCCUGAGCAGCUCCACUUGAGUGAGCACAUUAGUUUUCAUUCCUAGGAUGUUCUUGGUUCACUGCGGUGGGCGGUAGGGCCAAGGGCAUGCUAGGGGUGGUGGGUUUGGGUUACAGGAGCCCCAUCAAGGUGGACAGUCCCUGUGGAUGGACACGGGUGGGUUGAGAGUGGCCGUGGCCUGGGAUGGACUUGCACGUGUGGGACAAAGGAGCCCAUCUGGUGCCUAUGCCCCAGCAGUGAUCUCUGACUCUUGUUUUGGGGGGGUGGGCCUCUAGGUCAGUGACUAACAGCCUAUGCUCUGGGCCUGGGAGCUCUUCCCACCCCUAUCUGAGUGGGGUCUCACAGGACUUACCACUGGUCCGGGUGGCACCCGGUGAGCUGGGCCCAGUGCUUUGCCUUGGUCACUGCAUCCACGCCUGGUGUACACUGUGGGAGCUGGGUGACAGGGAAGGACCCCUCUCCCAUGACUGUCUCUGCUCCUCUCUCCUGG